UUUGCCAAUUCGUCUUCUUCGCAAAGCCUCGAUACUUUCACAGCACACAAAAUGGCCUCAAUUGCUUGCUCGCUGCGCGCUGCUCGGCCUGUGGCCAUGCGCCUUGCUCCCCGUGCCGCUCCGAUGGUUCGGCUGGCGAUGCCUGUGAGGAGCUUCUCCAGCUCCCGCAUGAGCCUCGCCCGCAAGUACACCAAGGACCACGAGUGGAUCGACCUCUCCGCCGACCGCAAGACGGGCGUCAUUGGCAUCUCCGAGUACGCCGCCGAGCAGCUGGGCGACGUCGUCUACGUCGAGCUGCCCCCCGCGGGCGACUGGACUGACGCGGGCGACUCCAUCGGCGCCGUCGAGUCCGUCAAGAGCGCCAGCGACAUCAACGCCCCCGUGCGCUGCAAGGUCACCCACGCAAACACCCUGCUGGAGGAGAAGCCCGCGACCAUCAACCAGGUGCCCGAGGACGACAGCGCCGGCGGCGGCUGGAUCGUCAAGGUCGAGGUUGAUGAGGAGGGCGCCAAGCAGUUUGACGAGCUCAUGGACGCUGCUGCGUACAAGGAGUUUAUUGCCGAGUAAAAGGGGACGAAAGAAAAUCGGCUUGGCGGUUGGGCGGGUAAAAGAUUAGACGAAGCUUGGUCUUUUUUUUUUUGGACGAUGGGCUUCGAAUUGUGGGGAGAUGGGGUGGUUUUGGAAUUAAGAACCGAAAAAGAGAGACUUUUUUUUUUAUUUCUUCAUUGAAAAUGAGGGGGUAGGAAUUUUUUGCAUGGCGUAGAAACAGCUCAACCUGACAAUUGGGGGGUAGAGGGUGAAUGGAUGGUUUUUGGUUUUUGGUUUUUAACAUUAGGGAAACAUUUUGGCAGACAGGUCGCAUUUGGUGUGCCAUACAUACUAAACAUACAAAGUGGGUGGGACUC